GUGUGAGUGUGUGUGUGUGUAAGUGUGUGAGUUGUCCCAAUUAGAGAACUCUAGGUGGUGUCUUGCGUCUCAUGCUGAAAACUUCAGGUGUUACUCAACUUAAUUGACCUAAUUGCUCUUAAGGUGUUCUCCCAGGGAAUGAAACUGGAAAUAAUGACAGGCAACUGUGUAAAUGUUUGCUAACAUUUCUACAGAAGUUAUGUUAAGUUAAGUCGCUGCCUCUACUUUUAACAAUUGAAAAUCAGACAGUAACAAUUGGAAAGUAGUGUGGUUAACAUGUUUCGAGUGAGUGCGGUUCUGUUGACGUUCGGAUUGAGAUGUUUGAGUUGGGGCAGCACUUGUGCCGAAUACACAGAGUCCGAGGACGGAGUGCAAGGUUUUCUCAAUGUGGAGGAAAUUUUAGUAAAACAAUUUGAAUUGUAUCUGGACAAAGCGGAGAAAGAGCGAGACAGUAUUAUGAGGUGGGUAUGAAGAAAACUUUUAAGUAGAAAAUAUAGUUUCAUGCCAAAUAUGACACUUAGAUUUUUGGACCAUGUGCACCAUUUGCAUAAGGAUAUGGACGAACCAGAGGAGUACUUUGGUAAUCCACUCAAUGCCUUCACCACCAUCAGCCGCUUCGCAAACAACUGGAAACAUGAGAUCUUCGACGUAGUGCUGGCCCACGAAAGCUAUACGGAAUUCAAACAACGUUUAACCAACGAGCUGGGUAGGCACGAACUUGAGGAGCCCACAAAUGAGGAUCUCCUAGGCGCCACACGUGAUCUAUUGGAUAUGCAGGAGAGCGAGAGCCGGGCCACAUCGGAGCUGGCAAAUGAAGUCAUCUUCGCAGAUGAAGAUCGAGGCGAGAAUGUGACUCUUAGCGCCAGCGACUGCUACGUCAUCGGUCGCUAUCUCUGUCAAGAGCAUCAAUAUGACUAUGCCACUGAGUGGCUACUGCAGGCGCGGCAACACGCCUCCCACGAUGCGUCAACAUUUCCCAAUGUCAGCCAGCUGCAGAUUCUGGAACACUUGGCCCCGGCACUCCAGGAGCUGGGCAACAACAAGCUGGGGAACAAGCUAAACAAUGCAAUUCUAAAGUCUGAGCCAACUCAUGAGGCAGCUCUCAAGAAUAAAAUUGUGCUACAGAAGAAACUGGCGCUCGAGCGGAUCCAUAUCGCAAACCUGAAAGUAGAUUUAUAGAUGAUGGAAGAGCAACAAUUCAUGGAAAUAAGUUGCAGUAAUAAGUCUUUUCUGUGACAGUCUAAAUUAUUGUUGCAUAUGAUUUUAAAAGAUUUUUUCCUCUUCAUAUAAUGUACAUAAACAAGAAAUGAAAUUACAUACAUAAUAAACUGAAUGCUAAUGCUUUAAUGUAUAGAUAUAAUAUAACAUACGACGAGAUAACCCGUGCUCAGGCCUUUAAUGCUUUAACAUUUAUGCUAACAUAUCUCUAUAUGCAAAACUGGUUUUCAUCAAUUACUGACUGCCUGACUGAUUGGUGAUCAACGCACAGAGCAAACUGUAAAAGGUAUGAAGCUGAAAUUUUUAUUGUUGUUACCUUAUAUGCCGAAACAACA